ACCCAAUCAGGAUGCUCGUUACAGGCGCAAUGCGGAGACACGGAUGUAAGGAGGAAUGGCGACGGUCGAGGAGAAGAGGAGGUUUGUGUAUGAACACUGGAACCACCAUACAGCACCAGGAUUAUAGGUAGUGAAAAAAACACAGACCUACUCUGUCUACCAGACUUCAGGCCAACUGCCAGUGGAGACCGGCUGCCCAAAUGGAGUCUGUUGUGGCAGUAACCUCACCUCCUGCAUCGGUGGUUGCCCCUACACCCCACAACCUUUGCUCAAAGCAGAGAGAGAGUAGCAAGAAGACUGCUACCAGCACCAACCCCUCCUUUCUGUCCAAUCUGGGCAAGCCCACCCUACGAGGGAUCAGGAAGUGUCCCCAGUGUGGCGUUUUCAACGGCACCCGUGGGCUCAGCUGCAAGAACAAGGCUUGUGGAAUUGUCUUCAGAGAUGGGGGGGCUGUGGGGGGAGGCAGAGGGGCCAAGAGAGGAGCAAUGGAGGUGGUGCGGGUGGUGAUUGAUGGAGGAGGGGAAGAUGAAGAGGGAGAUGAAGGAAGAUGUGGUGAAUCCUCAGGUGGAGGUGCGCAGGUGUUCUCUGUCUGUCAGCGAGUGAGAGGGGUGGGAGCGGCUGCAACACAGCGCGGGUUCAUAGAGCUUGUCCCCACGGAUACGGCCAUUGCCACGAGUGAAGGGGCGACUCUGCUGACCCGGGUCAACAUGGGCCGCUGCUUCCUGCCCACCUGCCGCCAUGCCAACGGUCAAAGGUCAGGCCAGAGCCAGUCGCAGCAGGCAGCUGUUCUGACCAACCCCCCCUCCAAGCAUGGCUUGUCUAACUCCGUCACUCCCUGUGUCCACGUGAAGCAGGCCAUGGAGUGCCAGGUGCAGGCCACCCCUCUCCCCCUGAAGAGCUCUAUCCUGGAGGGGCUUCAGGCCUCAGUCGAGGCCAGGGAAGAGCUCUGGAGGUUGGCUACUGAAUCCCCGGGACCCCUGGUUCAGCGGGUGAACAAAGAUACUCUGGUGGUGAAAUGUCACAGUGGACCAAGUCAUCCUCUGGGGCUGCUGCACCUAACUGUAGGCGCGGCGGGGUCUGGUGUUGGGGGGAAGGGGAAGGGGAAGGUCAGAGAGGGGGCUGUGUUUCAGUGUUCCUGUCAAGGGGGUGUCAGAGGAGGUACGGCAGGAGGAAGAGUGGCCGUGGAAACCUCCCAGAAUGGGGAUGGGGAGGUGAGAGGGUCCUCAGGUGGCGUCUCCUCUGGUGUCUUACCUGACUCCACCUCUCGGCCUGGUGCUGAUGCUGGCCCUACAGCUCCAUACCUCUGCCUCCACUUCUAUGCCUGUGUUUGCGCCUUCACCAGUGACGAGAAACUGGCCUCAGAGUUCACAGGUUUCCUCAACUACAGCUCCAAUGGUGUACAACAGAAUGCUGACUGCACAGUCCUCUGUGGCUCCAGUCCACCUCAGCUGCCUGAACCAAUCGCCGCUCACAAAACCAAGAGACUCCGUCUGGACGAGCACCUCAUUGGGAGCAGUCAGCCUGUGGAUGAGAGCCUGGUGACCCUGGGCUUCCAGCAGUGGCUAGCCAGCGUUACAGAGAGGAUCCACCUGACCAUGCACUACCAGUUUGAUGGUCAGCCGGAGCCUCUGGUGUUCCACAUUCCCCAUGUUUUCUUCAACACCCUGCAGUAUCGUCUGUCCCUGGGCUCCAAGAAGAGACGGCUGCCUAAUGCUACCUCAGCGUUUGUAAGGAAUGAUGAUCUGCACCAUGGCUCCUUCCCCAAGUACACCUGGCACAUCACCAACCUGAUGCAGGUGAAACGCAUCUUCGACACCCCAGAGCUGCCCCUGGAGUUGACCCAGAGUUUUGUGAAGAACAGUGAUGGUUCCUACUCUCCUUUCCGCUGCCCAGAGCCUCUUCAUCCUCACCCCACUGAGGGCUACAGCCGGACGGACAGAUCCCAGGCCAUACGACCCCUGGAGCUACGCACCUUUCUCCAAGUCGGACUGUGUACAGCGGAUCAGAAGGAUCCCACUCCCUUUGUGAUCGAGUGGAUCCCAGACAUCCUGCCUCGCUGUCGCGUCGGAGAGCUCCGCAUCCGCUUCCAGUAUGGUCACCAGCACGGAGGACAGACGGAAUACUGUGAUGGAACACCGAGACGCACCGGAGCGGGAGGGGGGACAGGUAGGGGGGGUUGCAAGUCAUCAUCAGAUACCUCCCUUCCCAAAUAAAAAGUUCCACAGGCAACUGUCCCAUGAGAAAUCACUGGAGGAUCUGUUAGUUAAUAGUUCUGGGAAUUAUGAAAGUCUCUAGAGCAUUGUUUUUAGAUGAAGGGGGACCAGUUUUUAGAGAGAGAAUUGGGGGGGGGGGGACAUUUUGAGAGAAGGAAAGAAGAGAUGUGAAAGAGUGCUGCUGAUGGCCAAGAAUUGUAUUUUUUUAUAUCACUGUUUGCACACUUCUCCCAAAGUUACCCUAUGUCCCUUCCAUUGCAGCUAACAUGGAUUUGUGUUAAUUCACGCUAUUACAUGACUUCUAUGUAUCAAAUCGCAGGUGCUUGAUAACAUUAGCUACUCUGCAGAGAAGUAGCAUCUGAAUGUAAUAUCAAGUCAUUGAGUUAAUCAAAUGACAAAUGUGUGUGAGGCUUAUGUGUGUGUCUGAAGGAUUGUAAAUGAAUGACAUCUGAUUGAAUACCCUUUGCAUGUGUGUGUGCAUUUAUAAGUGGUGUAUAAUGAAUAAGAACUUUCUGGUGUGUAGUGAUCUAAUUUACUGUCGAGUAGAACAUUUACAUUUGUGCCCGUAGUUACAGAAUAACAUAAUGGUUUGUCUUUUUGUAGUGUAGAUUAAUACAUUUAUUGACUUUGAGAAUAGACAGUCUUUCUUCUUUUUCUAUUUUUCUAUUUCUUAGCUUCGCUCCCUCCCAUCCUUUACAUGACUUAUUUUACUGAUUAAAGAGUGUGCACACUUGUGUCCUA